CAUUAGACAUUUUUUGAAGUAGUUCUGGAAGUCCUCAUCUGUGUCUCUAUAGUGUGAUCACAAACACAGUGAGUGCUGCUUUCAAUUCAUCCAGUGGAAAGGCAGGCCUGUAAAAUCUUUAUGUCCACAACAACCUGUUUCAUCUGCUCUGACGUCAUGAGACUUCUGGCUUUUCCCCCAAAUGACCACGAAAGGUGAAAGCUUUGAAUCAUUUUAGGAGAGCAAGGCAAUCAUGACACCACAACUAAAGACAAAAUAAGACUUCCAGAACUGCUUCGGAAAGUGGCAAAAUGAUGAGAUAAGCACGAAAGAAACAAGGGGAAGUGUUUUGAGGGGUAUUAAUGGCAACGUGCUUUCUGCUGUAUUAAACUUAAAAGACUCACCUAUGUUUUGAUCCUACUGUGUAUCUUUCAGACAAACCCCUUCAGAUACUCACGUAACUAGCCUGCAAAGGGAAAAUGAAGCUAAAGGUGGUAUUUUUUUUUUUUUUUGGUACUAGGAAUCAAACUCAGGACCUUGCGCUUGCCAGGCAGGCGCCUGUGCUGCUGAGCUACAUCUCCAGCCCUACAGGUGGUAUUUCUGAGAGCCGUUUUUUAUUUUUAUGUUUAUGCUCUUUUAGGUAAGUUAAAAUAUUUUUCCUUUUACUUUUACAUAUUGCAAUUGCUUAAGUGAAAAUAAUUUUUCUAAUUGAACUACAACAAAUAGCUAUUUUAAGUAACACUAAGAGAAGAACGAAAGUGCUUGGAGUUGGCUACAGGUGUACAAGACAACGUGGAUUCAUAUAGAAAAUACUACACUCUAUCGCGAUUCUUUUUAAUCUUAUUCUGUGCCAUAGGGAACCACAUCAGAAGGUGCUACAAAGGCAGGCCCAAGAGGAGCUACAAUAAGAAUUAGUAUGUUUUUGUAAAAUAAAUUUCUUACAGUUUGUCUCCUUAUUUCCGUGGCUUUCUACAUGAAUUACUGGAGCGGAUGGAACAAAGCUGCAAUUGUUCCUUAACCGGUAUGUUAAGAGCUUCUUGAUUCCAAUUCCCUUUUUGUAGCUGGGAAUCUACUGUGGUAAGUACUACUUUAUUUAAAUACUGAGGUGUAACACCUGCCAACUUAUUUUGGCUGCAAAAUGAAUAUCUGAAUUAGCCUUGCCGUAAGUCAUGGCUUAACUCCCAAAACGAGUAUCUGCAGAUACAUUAUAAACUAAAGAGAAGACUGUUACAUGUUGCAGGGCAAGGAAAGGAGUCCAGGAAUUCACUAAAACUUGACUCACUAAGAUCAACAGAUGCCAACGACAGAAAGGUGCAGUGUGUGAAGUGAAAGAAAUCAACACGUUAUGCCUUGAAUGAGUCAAUUUCAAGUCAACUGAAAUUCAAACAUGAGUAAACAUACACCUCAUAAAGUAAAACCAUGUACCAGAAAAUAAAAAUCCCUUCAAUGUGUUACCAGCUUUAGAAACAGGACCGAUUCACCAACUCCUUAAAAUCUGUGGCUACAACGCGAAGACCUGCAGAUGUGUUACCACGCUCAAGAAGCUACAAAAUGUUCAGUUACUGUAAUUUAAUGUUGAAUCCCAACUCAUAGUGCAUCUCCCUUCUUAGGCACUGUCCGUUCCCUUUGAGGAGGCAAAGACUGGAACGAUUUCUUUCACAAUCCAAGUGGUCAAAAAUUGAUCAGCCCUCGGGGGUAUCAAAGAUGACCACACAGAAGCCCUCACCUUAAAACUGCGACUGUUACAGUGUACCUAGUGUAUUAAGGCUGAAGUCUGGGUGAGCCUCGUAUCCAUCACGUGGGCCACCAAGGCCUGAAAUAGUCUUUCCUUCGAUCACAAAACAGGCCACACUGUCCUUAUCCCCACCCCAGCCUCAAAAACCCUCAGAGCCCCCCGACCUUCCCUAGGGCCAAAGGAGAAGGGAUCAAACGUCAGCAGCCUAGUUCGCAAAACCCACUUAGAACUUCCUUACAAAUCAUUCUCACUGCCAGACCCGCGCAGCCCUAUACCCAGUAACCUGCUGUCGGACCCAGAAACGAACACACACAUCCGAGCUCCUAGUACUUUAGGUGCUUUCUGUUCAAAUUCAAGACAGCCCCAGCUCUCAGCCGGAGUUCCCCUCCAGCCAAAUACUAGGAACAGCUCUAUCAAGCCGGGUCUGGACCGAGCACUAGAAAUACCGAGGGCAGGGGCGGGGAGGAAACGCUCGUGUCAUCUCAAAUUCUUUUUUUUUUUUUUUUUAAACUCCCUCCCUGGACUUGCACGGAGUUCAACAAGGGACCUAAAAAUAGCUUUCCCAUGACAGUGACAGGGGGAGUCGCUGGGAAGAGAUGAUGUGAAUUCAGAUGAGGUCAUGUGUAAAGGUGGUUUGUAAACUACAAAGUCCUGUGCAGAUGACUGGAACUGAAUGUUCUCACUAGCAGAGUGAUUUGUUUUACAGGACGUUAUCUUGCUCUCUCUUGUUCUGAGGGAAGUCCCUGCCCUGUCCUGGAGUGCCCAAGCAGUAAUCUGGGAAAGGCUCAUGUAAUGAUGAAGGGAGCCCUCCUGAUGACAGCCAGAGGAUUGCUAAAGCCCUGUGCAGACACCAUCAGGGAAAUGGACCUCCUGGCCCCAGAUGACUGCAGCCCCAGUCAGCGUCUGCACUGUGAACUCAGAGAUCCGAAGCUGGAUCCUGCAACUAAACUGCUUCUGAAUUCCUGACUGAAAGAAGCUGUAGCAUAAUGUUUAUUAUCUUAAGCUUCUACAUUUUGGAAGUAGCCCAAUUCAGUACAAUGGCUCAUGAAAAACCAGGUUGCAAGUUUUGGAGGAGGUCAGAAGUGAAUCAGUCAUCAGAGUACUCAUGCGUGGAUGAUGAAGAUGAUCCAUUAUGGUAAAAUACACGUGUUCAUAGCAAGAGAAAGGUGUGGUGUAUGAUGCUGCUUCUGCUGCUUCUGCUGCUGAUGACUUUGACACUGGCCAUGUGAGGCAAAGUUCCUGUGACAGUGAAAUGGAGCAAGAAUUGACUGAUACAGACAGGGAAUGCAGUUCUCCUUGACUCAGAUGACAAAGAAAGCAGCAAUGUACCUCAGCCAGCAUGGAUGUCUCUUUGCCACCCACCUUGGGACUCAGUUCUGCCCCCGAUGAAAUUCAACAUCCACAUAUUAAAUUUUCAGAAUGGAAGUUUAAGCUAUUCAGGGUGAGGUCCUUGGAAAAGGCACCUGAAGAAGCUCAAAAGGAAAAGGAUUCCGGUGAGGGGAAACCCUCCCUAGAGCAAUCUCCAACCGCCCUGGACAAACUUGGGGGCCAGAAACCAGUGCUGACUCAACCAGCAUUGAAGCCUCAUCCUAAAUUUUCAAAGAAGUCUCUUGAUGAUGGGAAAGCAAGAGAAAAAGCAAUUCACCAAGCCAACCUUCGACACUUCUGCCGCAUCUGUGGUAAUUCUUUCAAAAGUGAUGAGUACAAUAGGAGAUACCCAGUCCAUGGGCCUGUGGAUGCUAAAACCCAAGUCCUUUUAAGAAAGAAGGAGAAAAGAGCCACUUCCUGGCCAGACCUCAUUGCCAGGGUUUUCCGGAUUGACGUGAAGGCUGAUGUUGACUCGAUCCACCCCACUGAGUUCUGCCAUAACUGCUGGAGCAUCAUGCACAGGAAGUUUAGCGGGGCCCCACGUGAAGUUUACUUCCCCAGGAAUGCAAUUAUGAAGUGGUACCCACACACACCGUCCUGUGACAUCUGCCAGAUGGCCUGUCGGGGACUCAAGAGGAAGAGGCCUCAUCCAAAUGUGCAGGUCAGCAAAAAAUUCAAAACCUUGCUUGACCGAGCCAAACAAGCCCGUCAGCGUAAGAGGAGAGCUCGGGCCAGGAUCAGCAACAGGAGGGAAGUCUUGAAGAAGAUUGCCAACUGUAGUAAGAUACAUCUUAGCACCAAGCUCCUGGCAGUGGACUUCCCCACACACUUCCUGAAAUCGAUUUCCUGCCAGAUUUGUGAGCACAUCCUGGCUGAUCCUGUGGAGACUACCUGUAAACAUGUAUUCUGCCGAAUCUGCAUCCUCCGAUGCCUCAAAGUCGUGGGCAGCUAUUGCCCCUCUUGCCGCUAUCCAUGCUUCCCCACUGACCUGGAGAGUCCAGUGAAGUCCUUUCUGAGCAUCUUGAAUUCUCUGAUGGUGAAAUGCCCAGCGAAAGAGUGCAACGAGGAAGUCAUCUUGGAAAAAUACAAUCAGCAUGUCUCAAGCCACAAGGAAUCAAAAGAGACUCUUGUACAUAUCAAUAAAGGGGGCCGACCCCGGCAACAUCUUCUGUCGCUGACCCGGAGAGCUCAGAAGCACCGGCUGAGGGAGCUGAAGAUGCAGGUUAAAGCUUUUGCAGACAAAGAAGAAGGUGGAGAUGUGAAGUCUGUGUGCCUGACCUUAUUCUUGCUGGCACUGAGGGCAAGGAAUGAACACAGACAAGCCGAUGAGCUGGAGGCCAUCAUGCAGGGCCGGGGCUCUGGCCUGCAGCCCGCUGUUUGCUUGGCCAUUCGCGUCAACACCUUCCUCAGCUGCAGUCAGUACCACAAGAUGUACAGGACCGUGAAAGCCAUCACAGGCCGGCAGAUUUUCCAGCCUUUGCAUGCCCUUCGGAAUGCCGAGAAGGUUCUUCUGCCAGGCUACCACCCCUUUGAGUGGCAGCCACCCCUGCGGAACGUUUCUUCCAGCACCGAUGUCGGUAUUAUCGAUGGACUGUCUGGGCUUUCAUCCUCUGUGGAUGAUUACCCAGUGGACACCAUUGCCAAGAGGUUCCGCUAUGAUGCGGCUUUGGUGUCGGCUCUGAUGGACAUGGAAGAAGACAUCUUGGACGGCAUGAGGGCCCAAGACCUUGACGACUACCUAAAUGGCCCCUUCACAGUGGUGGUCAAGGAGUCUUGUGAUGGGAUGGGGGAUGUGAGUGAGAAGCACGGUAGUGGACCAGCAGUUCCCGAAAAGGCAGUUCGUUUUUCAUUCACCGUCAUGAGAAUCACCAUAGUGCACGGCUCCCAGAACGUGCAGGUGUUUGAGGAAGCCAAGCCUAACUCUGAACUGUGUUGCAAGCCACUGUGCCUUAUGCUGGCCGAUGAGUCCGACCAUGAGACCCUGACUGCCAUUCUGAGCCCUCUCAUAGCCGAGAGGGAGGCCAUGAAGAGCAGUGAAUUACUGCUGGAGAUGGGAGGCAUCCUCAGGACCUUCAGGUUCCUCUUCAGAGGCACCGGUUACGAUGAAAAGCUUGUCCGGGAAGUGGAAGGCCUCGAGGCUUCUGGCUCAGUCUACAUUUGUACUCUUUGCGAUGCCACUCGCCUGGAAGCCUCUCAAAAUCUUGUCUUCCAUUCCAUAACCAGAAGCCACACUGAGAACCUGGAGCGCUAUGAGGUCUGGCGUUCCAACCCGUACCACGAGUCAGUGGAGGAUCUACGGGAUCGGGUGAAAGGGGUCUCAGCCAAACCUUUCAUCGAGACAGUCCCUUCCAUAGAUGCGCUCCACUGUGACAUCGGCAAUGCAGCCGAAUUCUACAAGAUUUUCCAGCUAGAGAUAGGGGAGGUGUAUAAAAAUCCCAAUGCCUCCAAAGAGGAAAGGAAAAGAUGGCAGGCCACCUUGGACAAGCAUCUCCGAAAGAAGAUGAACCUGAAGCCAAUCAUGAGAAUGAACGGCAACUUUGCCAGGAAGCUCAUGACUAAAGAGACUGUGGAGGCGGUAUGUGAAUUAAUUCCUUCCACGGAGAGGCACGAAGCUCUCAGGGAGCUGAUGGACCUUUACCUGAAGAUGAAGCCUGUGUGGCGCUCCACAUGCCCUGCGAAAGAGUGCCCAGACUUCCUCUGCCAGUACAGUUUCAAUUCCCAGCGUUUCGCCGAGCUCCUCUCUACCAAGUUCAAGUACAGAUAUGAGGGCAAAAUCACCAAUUAUUUCCACAAAACCUUGGCGCAUGUUCCGGAAAUUAUUGAGAGGGAUGGCUCCAUUGGGGCAUGGGCUAGUGAGGGAAAUGAGUCUGGCAACAAACUGUUCAGACGCUUCCGGAAAAUGAAUGCCAGGCAGUCUAAGUGCUACGAGAUGGAAGACGUCCUGAAACAUCACUGGUUAUACACUUCCAAAUACCUCCAGAAGUUUAUGAAUGCUCACAAUACAUUAAAGAACUGUGGGUUUAACAUGAGCUCAAAUGCAACCUUAGCAGACCCAUUAGGCAUAGAGGACUCUCUGGAAAGCCACGAUUCAAUGGAGUUUUAAGGAAGGAAACCACCUACGACUUGGUUUUUGCAGAUGAGUUUUCCUUUGGGUGUCAUGGCAGUCUUCUCUGAAGCACCUUUCCCUACUGGGUGUGGGGAUUCACCACCUACGAGGUGGCAGGUUUGAGGGAGAGACUGCUGGUGCUGUCACCAUAUCAGGAAUAGAUCACUGAUGAGCUAAUUGCCCGAGUUGCUUAGUGAGUUCAGAAAAGCAACAGGCGAAAUCAGUUAUUUGAAAGCUCAGUGACUUAGAACAGGAGUAACAGCAGGGGGAUCAGAGAUGAACAAAGAUCUGUGUGUGUACACCAUUGAGUGUCAUGCAAAUCAAAGCCAAGGUUGUCAAAGAACAGCUGGUGAGGCCAGGACAGGAGUUUGUCUUGCAGUUUUCUUUUAUUCUGCUCAAUUUAUUAUAUUUUAUAUUAAGACACAAUGAGUCUUUUCUAUUUCAUUUUUUAUAAGGUUCUUUAUUUUACGAGUUUAACAUAUCUUACUCUAUAAGAUUCCAAAAAGCCUUUUAGGUUUCUCUAAAAAUAUCUUUCAUUUGUAAGGCACAAUGACCUUUAUAAAGUGCCCUUGGGGUUUUUUCUCAUUUAUGCAGAAAUACCCCACAUCAAGUUUUGGAAAAUCAACCCUUUUCUAAGUUUAUAUGAUAUCUCUACUGUUACCUUCAGAGUUUAGCGGGUCAUUUGUUGUCACGAACUUUUCAGUAAUGGAGUUGGAGCAUAUACCUGCUUGUAGAACUAGCUAUUAAAUCUUCCAAUAAUACAUGUUCACUUCACUUAGCUAUCAGUAGCUAAGUUUAUUUUUUUAAAAUUUCAAAUAGUUUAGAAUAUCUAAAUGCUUUCCCAUACAAUCGCAAGGCCCCAGAGACUUUUAUAAAUCCUGAUGGGCUCAUUGUCUAAAAACAGAUUUAAUGUCUUGCUGAAAACAUCUAAUUUUCUCCACAUAAAGUGUGGGUCAAUUUUAUUAAAUCCAGGUUUCUUAGAUUCCUUCUGUGUUAUUCUUUCCAUUAUGAUUAGUUUCCUUUCAGUAUAUUCAAAUUUUAGUAGCUGGUAACUUUGCAAUUCUCUGACCUGUUUAAUUUAGAUAGAGACUACUCAGAAUACAAUGGAAGAUUUAACAUUUAUACAUUGUUUAUUUUUGUUACUUUAAGAAUUUUUUUCCCCAUGGUACUGGGAUUUGAAUC